AUGAAGCGAUUUUGGAUAUUAGGUCUCAUCUGUGCUUUGCUUGCGUUUACUUCUGUCACAGCGGAUAGUGAUGUUGAGGUUGACGGCAUGGUGGAGGACGACCUGGGCAAAAGCCGCGAUGGCUCCAGAACGGAUGACGAGGUGGUCCAGAGGGAGGAGGAAGCUAUUCAGCUGGAUGGCUUGAACACGGCUCAGAUAAAGGAGCUGCGUGAGAAGUCAGAGAAACAUGCCUUCCAGGCGGAGGUGAACAGGAUGAUGAAGCUGAUCAUUAACUCUCUGUACAAGAACAAGGAGAUCUUCCUCAGAGAACUGAUUUCCAACGCUUCCGAUGCCCUGGAUAAGAUCCGGCUGAUUUCACUAACGAAUGAAGAUGCGCUUGCUGGAAACGAAGAGCUAACAAUUAAGAUCAAGUCUGACAAGGAGAAGAACAUGUUGCAUAUCACUGACACUGGUAUCGGCAUGACGAAAGAGGACCUGAUUAAGAACUUGGGGACCAUCGCCAAGUCUGGCACCAGCGAGUUUCUCAAUAAAUUGACAGAUAUGCAGACAGAUGGCCAGUCCACGUCUGAGCUCAUUGGGCAGUUCGGUGUGGGCUUCUACUCUGCCUUCUUGGUGGCCGACAAGGUCAUUGUCACAUCCAAGCACAACAAUGAUACCCAGCAUAUCUGGGAGUCAGACUCCAAUUCUUUCUCUGUCAUCGAGGAUCCCAGAGGAGAUACCCUAGGGAGGGGAACCACUAUCACUUUGGUGAUGAAGGAGGAGGCGUCUGACUACCUUGAACUGGAGACCAUCAAGAACCUGGUGAAGAAAUAUUCCCAGUUCAUUAACUUCCCCAUCUAUGUCUGGAGCAGCAAGACUGAGACGGUGGAGGAGCCUAUUGAAGAUGACGAGGCAGCAGAGAAGAAAGAAACUCCUGAAGAUGAGGCUGAGGUUGAGGAGGAAGAGGAGAAGGAGGAGAAGCCCAAGACAAAGAAGGUUGAGAAGACUGUGUGGGACUGGGAGUUGAUGAAUGAUAUCAAGCCAAUCUGGCAAAGGCCUGCAAAGGAGGUGGAAGAAGACGAAUAUAAAGCAUUUUACAAGACCUUCUCCCGGGACACGGAUGAACCGCUGUCCUACAUCCACUUUACUGCUGAGGGAGAAGUCACGUUUAAAUCCAUCCUCUUCGUUCCUGCAACGGCUCCACGGGGUCUCUUUGACGAGUAUGGCUCGAAAAAGAAUGACUUCAUCAAGCUGUUUGUUAGGCGAGUGUUCAUCACAGAUGACUUCCAUGACAUGAUGCCCAAAUAUCUGAACUUUGUGAAGGGUGUGGUCGACUCUGAUGACCUUCCCUUGAAUGUGUCCAGAGAGACGCUGCAGCAACACAAACUGCUUAAGGUCAUUCGCAAGAAGCUUGUCCGCAAGACGCUGGACAUGAUCAAGAAGAUCGCUGAGGAGCAAUACAACGAGAAGUUUUGGAAAGAGUUUGGGACCAACAUCAAGUUGGGUGUGAUUGAGGACCACUCCAACAGAACGCGCCUUGCCAAGCUGCUCCGCUUCCAGACGUCACACAGUGAAACCGUACCAUCCAGUCUGGAGCAGUAUGUGGAGAGGAUGAAGGAGAAGCAAGACAAGAUCUACUUCAUGGCUGGGACCAGCAGGAAAGAGGCUGAGUCUUCACCCUUUGUGGAGAAGCUGUUGAAGAAGGGCUAUGAGGUGAUCUACCUGACAGAACCUGUGGAUGAGUACUGCAUCCAGGCCCUGCCUGAAUUUGAUGGAAAGCGCUUCCAGAAUGUUGCCAAGGAGGGGAUAAAGUUUGACGAGAGUGAUAAAGCCAAGGAGAAAAGGGAGGCUUUGGAAAAGGAAUUUGAGCCCCUUACCACCUGGAUGAAGGACAAAGCUCUGAAAGAUAAAAUCGAGAAGGCAGUUCUUUCCCAGAGACUGACCAGCUCCCCCUGUGCACUUGUAGCUAGCCAAUAUGGAUGGUCUGGUAACAUGGAAAGGAUUAUGAAAGCUCAGGCCUACCAGACAGGAAAGGACAUUUCAACAAAUUACUACGCAAGUCAGAAGAAAACACUGGAAAUCAAUCCUAAACAUCCACUUAUCAAGGAGAUGCUGAAACGUGUCGAUGCCAACUCUGAAGACCAGACGGCUUCCGAUUUGGCUGUGGUGCUGUUUGAGACUGCCACACUGCGCUCAGGAUACCAGCUGUCUGAUACCAAGGCCUAUGGGGACCGAAUAGAGCGUAUGCUGAGACUCAGUAUGAAUGUGGACCUUGAAGAGCAGGUGGAGGAGGAGCCAGAAGAAGAACCGGAACCAGCUGAGGAAGAGGAGGCUGAGGAUGAAGAGGAAACUAAAGAGGAAGAAAUGGAUUCAACAGAAAAAGAUGAACUUUAAGGCACUAUAAGACGGAAAUGUGGCUGGGCGCUGAAGAUUCAGCCAGAUCCAUCAAGUGUCCUGCUUGGAGUUUCUGGUGGCUGGGGGGUGGGGAGGGACUGUCUGGUCUAGGUUUGUUUGUGUUUUUUAAAAAGCAUUCCUCAUGACUGUAAAUUUGUUAAUAUUUAACUGACCAUUUUUAUGGAGCGAGAUCAUCCUGCCAUGUGAACCAUUAAAUGUUUCUGGAAAGGGA